AUAAAAAUGCAAAAUUGUAUAAUUCGCAAACAGUUACAAAUGUAGAAACAAUUCAUUAAAAAUCUACAGUAACAAUUAAAAAUAAUGUUAAGUAAUGAAUAACCAAUUUCCACCAUGACACACCUUUACUUCGAUAUUAGAGAUGAUCAGUGGCCUCUUAUCUACGAUGAUAAAUAUAAUGUUUCUGUUCUGGGCUUGGAAAAAUUACAUAUAUUUGAUGCAAAGAAAUGGGGUAACAUCAUACAGCAUUUGCUGCGUGCAAAACUUAUAACAAAAGAUUGUUUGGUACAUCCUAAUGAAGCUAAGAAAGAAGACUUACUUGUUGUUCACACUAAGAAGUAUCUGCGAUCACUUAAGUGGAGCCCCAAAGUGGCUGUUAUCGCAGAGGUUCCAGUGGUUGCUUGCUUACCAAAUAUUCUUGUACAAUAUGCAUACUUGAAACCGAUGAGGUUACAAACCGGUGGUUCAGUAUUAGCUGGCAAGUUGGCUUUAGAACGAGGCUGGGCUAUCAAUGUUGGUGGAGGAUUCCAUCACUGUAGCUCGGAACGAGGAGGUGGUUUCUGUCCAUAUGCAGAUAUAACAUUAUUGGUCCGCUUUCUUGUCGACAAUGAGAUGAUACAGAAUGCAAUGAUCGUGGAUUUAGAUGCACAUCAGGGUAACGGUUACCAGCGUGAUUUCCUCGGCGUGCCGGAGGUAUACAUAAUGGAUAUGUACAAUAGACACAUAUAUCCUAAAGAUAAGGAGGCGAAACGCGCCAUCCGAAGGAAAGUGGAGUUAGACCAUCUCGUUGAUGAUACGGAGUAUUUACUUAAGUUGCAUAAACAUUUAAAAGCUGCACUUGACGACUUCAAGCCUGAUAUAUUGGUUUACAACGCGGGCACAGAUGUAUUGGAGUCAGAUCCACUCGGACAUCUUUGCAUUACUGAAGAGGGUAUAAUUCAAAGAGACCAGUUUGUUUUCGAACAAUGUAAGAAGCAUAAUAUUCCGAUAGUAAUGUUGACAAGUGGAGGAUAUCUUAGAAAGACUGCAAAAAUUAUUGCAGAUUCAAUUAUCAAUUUAGAGAGUAAAGGUCUGAUUGAGGGUAGUAAAGUGACUAAUUUAGAAGAAUGAAAUGGCAACAUUAAUAAUUCUACCACUUUAAGUGGAUUUUUCGGUAUAGCAACAUUACAGCGAUAGUUUUGAUCUCAUGGUGCCAAAUUGGUAUUUAUAGCAAAUAGAAUUUGCGAUUAUUUAUUUAUUCUAGUCGUUUAUCCAUCGUUUGUUUCUUUGCUGAUGUUUUAUUUUAUUAAUAAAGUUUUAUUUUCUUUUA